AUGGAUAGAAUUACCCAAGAAGAUAGAGACCUUUUUUUAAGACAGUAUAAAGAUUUUAUCCAAAAAUAUAGAUUUACAUUAGAACCAAGAGAAAUUCUUUCAACUUUUAUUUUAACUGAAGAAAUUAAAGGUUUAACAUACAAAAAAAUAUUAUCUCUUUUUUGUGAACAGGAAAAAAAUUUUAAACUAUUAAAUAAAAAGUUUACAAAAGGAAAACAUAUACCCUAUGAAAGGAGAAAAAGAGAAAGAGAUGACACAGAUGAUAGAUAUAAAGAUAGAAAUAGAGAAAGAGAAAGAGAACGAGAUAGAAAUAGAGAACGAGAAAAAGAAAAAGAACCUGAUAGAGGAGAUGAAAACAAAGAAAUAAAACAUAGACUCGAUGAAAGUUAUAAUGAUAUCCAACAUCAGCAUCAGCAGCAUCAGCAGCAUCAACAGUAUCAACAUAUAUUACAACCACAGCAUCAACAGCAUCAACAGCAUCAACAGCAUCAACAGCAGCAACAACAUCAACAAUAUCAACAUCAACAACAACAACAACAAUAUCAGAACCUUGAGAAAGAUACAAAACAAGAACAAAAAGAUUUUCAAUUACAAGAAAAACUACAAGAACAAAAAGAUAUUAACCCCGAACAAAAGAAAAAAGAUUUCCAACAACAAGAACAAAAAGAUCCACAACAGCAAUUACAACAACUACCUAUAGCACACCAUCAGACACUACCUACACAACAGCAACUACAACAACUACAACAAAUACAACAAACACAACAACAAAUACAACAACAACAACAACAACAACAACAAUCACCACCUAAACAGCAAAUACAACAACAACAAUCACCUAUAAUACAACAGAUGAAAUAUCAAACACCACAAAAAUCUCCUAUAAUACCACAGCAAACACCACCUUUACAAUCACCCACAAUACAACAAAUACAACAUCAAACACCACAACAAUCACCAACACCUCCACAAUUUUCUAUAACACAACAACAGAUGCAAUAUAUGCAACAGAUGCAACAACAGAUGCAACAGAUGCAAUAUAUGCAACAACAGAUGCAACAACAGAUGCAACAACAGAUGCAACAACAUAUGCGACAACAGACGCAGCGACAACAGAUACAACAACAUAUACAACAACAACAUUUAUCACUACAAAACCAAGAUUUUAAUUAUUUUUCAAAUGAAUCUUAUGAAAAUCCAUUAAACCAAUACAACAAUUCUGAACUAUCCACUAACUCAAACACGGCAUUAAACAAAUCACCACCUUUGCCAUCAUCACCAAUGAUUCAAGAAGAUAAAGCCUAUAAUAAAAUAAAUAGUAACCAAUACCACAAUAUGAACAAUAACAAUAUAACAAAAAACCAACCCCAAUCACAACAACAAAGAGUUCAAUAUGAUAAAUUACCAAGUGAACAAAUUGAACAAUUUAAUAGAGAAUUAAAAUUUGAAAAAGAUAAUAUGCUACAAAUAAUAAAUCAUAAAGAAAAUUUUAUAAAACAGCUAAAAGAAAUUAAUAAUAAGUUAAACAAGGAACUAGAGAGUAAAGAAAAACAAAUUAGUGAUUUGACCAAAAAUAGCACCAAAUUAGAAGAAAAAAUCUCAAAUUUAGAUGAUCAAAUUAAAGCUUUGGUUGGUGAUCCCAAAUCGGGGAAUAAUAGCGGUAAUAUAAAUCUCAACAGAAGCCUUAAUGAAGGAAACAUUUUAGAUAUAAAUAAUCCAUAA